GUUGGCCUUCGCCAUAGUUUAUUACAGUACAACAGUUACCAUGGUCAAAAUACAUGAAACCUGGACGGCCCCCCUUUUUUAUUUCAUAGGUAAAAACAUUGGAUGUUUGAAUAUGUUGACCGCACUGGAAAUGUCCCGGUUUUUCAUUUCCGAAAUCUGGUCACCUUACAUCAACCCCAUCUCUGUUACAGGGAUUUAAUUUUCACAUCACAGUAAAUGUAAUCACUACCAAGAGUUGUUUUCUCCUUCACAAUCAGCAUCAUAACAUAAAGUUUAAAAAUAGUUAAAUGUAUGAUAUAAAGUUUGCCUAUAUCAUAUCUCAAAUUCAGCCUUUUGUUGUUUGCCUUAAAUUUGGAAAUUUGUAAUCCGACUUCUCAUGUGCGCAUUGGUGGCUGCCCUAUUAUCUGUGAAGUGCAGUGUGUAUAAUGAGGUGCUGAGAGAUGACAAUCCAAGUGUCAGAAUUCGAAACACGCUAGAAGCUCCUCUGUAGACACAUUUCUUCCUCCCACAGGCCCAGAGAUCACAGUUGAAUGAGCAUCAAUAAUACAUGAGACAGCGACCACCUGGAAUCAUUUCAGUAAUUUUCAACCCGCCUUCCUCUCAGAACCUCCAAUUAGAGAACUAGUGAUUUAGUGGGAAGUGGUUCAAGAAGAAAUUAUUUUUUUAUGAGAGAAGAGAAAAUUCACUGAAACUAUGUGAAGCCAGAGUUCUUACUGAUCUCCUGUAAAAUCCAAAAACAAACUGUGAACUGACACAGAUGUCCUAAUGCACAUGCAGCAUGCAGACUCCUCUUCACAUCUCUAAUGUGAUUACAGUGCCACUAUCUGGUCUCGGAGCACAGAUGCAACAGCUCAUGACAAUCCAUUUCAUCAUGAGCACUCUUCUCUUCCAGUCAAGGAAUCUGUAAUAACUUCUCAUUGACCUUCCUCUGAAGGAGUAAAUUGUGGAAUUAUUUCUAACUCUGAAUGAAGAAGCAGAUUAAUUUUCCUUUCCUGGUUGAAAAAGUAAAGGAAAAAAAGCAAUUCCAGAUGUAAGACAAGUGACAAACCUAAUAAAGUUACUCAUUAACAUCUCUGUCUUAAGGGCAUGGCGCAGGAAGGGUGACAUUAUGGCAUGUGCUGCAACCUUUGCCCAGCAAACCUCUUUAUUAUUUCAGAACGAGCUGAAGAGAAAGACAAAAACACCAGUUCAAAGACAGGACUAGAAGAAAUACACCUGCUCAGUCAGUGAUCCCAGUGAUCCUAUUUUGUACAGGUAAGUCAUUUUAGAUGUUUUGUUUUCCUCUUUGUUGUGUAAGUUGAUAAUUGAGUCUCUGGCUGGGAAAUGUAUGUGACACAGACUGAGUAGACACAGCUACUGUCCGGCCUCAAUCGCCUGAUUAACUAUUUUUCUUAUAUUACUGGUGUACUUGUGUCUGGAAUUAAAGCUGUAUAGCCAAAAUUAACAGUGUGAAUAUAUACGAAUCUGUUGUCUAGAUUAACAAGUGUGUGUGUGUGUGUGUUUGUGUGUGUUAUGUUUGGAGUUAAUUAGUAAGCAGUUCAGGACUAUAAUCAUGAACAUUGUCCAAGACCUGGCAAGUCAACUCCCUAACAUCAUGUGACAGCUUCAGUCUACUCACAUUGUGUUUGUUCAUGUCAAAGUUCAUGUUAAAAUGUCCUUUCCACUGCCAUAAGGAAGGUGUUUAUAGGUAACAUCAGCAAUAUGCACUUAAAAGCAAAAGUAAAUGUAUAUAUAAAUAUAAUAACUUAAGCAUUGAAAACUGAUUGGGAUAUUCUUACAGCACUGUGAGAGUUUGUCACUAUUUAAAAGCUAAAAAAUACUAAAUAUAUACUGAGACUUUAAGAUUCUGUGAACUGAACACUGCAUCAUAUUUUUACAAACUGUUCACGUUGCUUGAUUAUAAAAUCUUAAUAUGCAAAUAACCUAUAACUUCAGGCUUAAAAAUAUCUUUUAGUUAUCUGAAUAUUGUACAUUAUAAGUAAUGUACUUAAAUGUACUUUAAUUAUUCACCCUCCAAUAUAUUAUAGAUUCCAAUAAGAGAUAGGAGACAAAAUCACAGUCCUUGUUUCAUGUAAAAACACACACUGAAGUUCAGUUGAAGCUUCGAGUUGCUCAUAUCAAGGGGGGUAUGAUCUACUACCGUCUAACUUUGUGUUCCCCUGAGGGAAAGUAACACAAAGAGGAAAUUCUGCACUUUUCAUAAUCCUCGGUAAGUGUAACCAGUGGAUGAUUUUGUUUCUUCUAGGUUUUGCUACGAGACAGAGAGAUGGGUCGGUGGAGCUGCAGCUUCUUUGUGGUGUUUUUUCUUUGUGGAGCUUUUAUCACUGAAGCACAUCCUGGUCUUAUAUCUAAUGGGGACCACAAAGCCCCCCAGAGACAUCUCCUAACUGAGGAGGAGCCCACCCCCAUUAAUAGUACUGUUGGACUUGACAGGGCAGUCGAUCCAGGCGAGGGCAAGAAGUCGCUGGAGUGGUCCUAUCUCGCCGCAGCCCUGGGCACAGUCCUCACCAUCUCACUCCUCAUCGUGAUGACUGUCAAGUUUCGCCUCUUCCAUCGCUUCCUGGCCAGCUACAGACACUCCCUGCUCCAGGAGGCCGACGGGGUCAGCCACUACGGUCAAGACGACGUGUCUUUCCCCAACAGUGUGUCGGGUAGACUGGGAGUGGUUGGAGGGACAAUCAGCGGGCUGGACGACGAUGAUGACGGCUUCAUUGAGGAUAACUAUAUCCAGACCAGUGAGAAACACAGGGCAGAGAGAGAAAGAGAGGAGGAGGAGGGGAUAGAGGACAGCGACGAUGAUCUUCAGUUCACUAUAGGAUGAUUAGGUGAAGGGAGACUUGAUCAAAAACAGCUGGUUUACAACUGAGAAGAAAUGACACUAUAGAGAAAUCUUGAUUCUAAGUUUAAACAAUCUGUGGCUGGUUCCACCAGAGAGGGAGUUCCCUUCAAAACAUCUCGUAUUGUUUCAUUCAAAUAACUGUAGAGGCCAGAACAUUAUACUGUAUAUAUAGAUAUCACAAGAAAAGUGGUCAAAGUUAAUGAAAAAUUAAAAAGGAAGCAAAUCACAAUUUAGUUUUUUCUGUUUUCCUGAUUCCAAUGACUCUUUUCGUCGCCUCUAAGAUUAUCUUGUGACAACUCGGAUGCGUCCCGAUUUGAGAACCACUGAAAUUGCACAGUCAAUGUUCUAUAAUGUGAAAACUGAGCAAUAACAAUUGGACAGAAAUAGUCAAAUAUGAUAAAAUAAUAAUGAAAUGUAUUACAAUUGUAUAAACAGGUGAAUGGAUUUUAUUUUGAAAAAUGUUACUGCUUGUCACUGAGUGUCACAAAAGUAGAGAUUAUAGUUCUGGUAAAUCGAGAUGUUUCCUGUCAUUAAAACUAAAUCUGUAAUAUUUAAAAUUAAUAUAUUGUGUGAAUAUCCAUCUGUAAAUUGACACAUUUACACACCAAGGCUGAAGUUGCUGAUCAUACUCUCUUCAAAUCAUGUGGUUGUGUGUGUGUGUGUGUGUGUGUGUGUGU